GCAGCCCCUCCUUUCUUACCCUAGUCUCCAGUUCUCCAGUGUUCACAGGUGAACCCAUCAACAACCACUGCUCAUGAUGGAGGCUAUCAAGAAAAAGAUGCAGAUGCUGAAGUUGGACAAGGAGAAUGCUCUGGAUCGGGCAGAGCAAGCUGAAGCUGAGCAGAAGCAGGCAGAAGAAAGAAGUAAGCAGCUGGAGGAUGAGCUGGCAGCCAUGCAGAAGAAGCUGAAAGGGACAGAGGAUGAGCUGGACAAGUAUUCUGAAGCUUUGAAGGAUGCCCAGGAGAAGCUGGAGCUAGCAGAGAAGAAGGCAGCUGAUGCUGAGGCUGAGGUGGCAUCCUUGAACCGUAGGAUCCAGCUGGUUGAAGAGGAGCUGGACCGCGCUCAGGAGCGCCUGGCCACUGCCCUGCAAAAGCUGGAGGAAGCGGAAAAAGCUGCUGAUGAGAGUGAGAGAGGUAUGAAGGUUAUUGAAAACCGGGCCUUAAAAGAUGAAGAAAAGAUGGAACUACAGGAAAUCCAACUCAAAGAAGCUAAGCACAUUGCAGAAGAGGCAGAUAGGAAGUAUGAAGAGGUUGCUCGUAAGUUGGUGAUUAUUGAAGGAGACUUGGAACGCACAGAGGAACGGGCUGAGCUGGCAGAGUCUAAGUGUUCUGAGCUGGAGGAGGAGCUGAAGAAUGUCACCAACAACCUCAAGUCUCUUGAGGCUCAGGCGGAGAAGUACUCUCAAAAAGAAGACAAAUAUGAGGAAGAGAUAAAGAUUCUUACUGAUAAACUCAAAGAGGCAGAGACCCGUGCUGAGUUUGCUGAGAGAUCAGUAGCCAAGUUGGAGAAGACAAUUGAUGAUUUGGAAGAUAAACUGAAAUGCAUCAAAGAGGAGCACCUCUGCACACAAAGGAUGCUGGACCAGACUCUGCUUGACCUGAAUGAGAUGUAGAGCACCCCAGUCCCUCCCUGCUGCUGCUCCUCCCUCUGACCCCAACUCUGCCUGAGGCCAGCCUGCCGGAAGCUGACCUUUAAACUGAGGGCUGAUCUUUAACUGGAAGGCUGCUUUCUCCUUUCACUUCCCCCUCCACCCUCUACACUCCCCUCCCCACCCCCCAUGUCUUUUUUCACCACUGUCUCUGCUUCUUCUCAGAGAUUCCAGCUGGGCUAGAGGCUUGAGCACCUUUGGGAACAACAUUUAAGGGAAUGUGAGCACAAUGCAAAGUGUCUUUAAAAGCAUGUUGUAAUGUACACAUUUUGUAAUUACCUUUUUUGUUGUUGUUGUAGCAACCAUAUGUAAAACAUUCCAAAUAAUUCCACAGUUCUUAAGCAGCAAUCUAAUCCCUUUUUCACUUUUGGAAGGCAACUUUUCAGCUUAAUGCAUAUUGCCCUGUCCAUAGAGGCGGGAAGGAGGUGUAUGGGCCUGUCUUACUGAGAGCCAAACAGAGCCCAGGGAAAGACUCCACUCUGGGAAACCUCAUUGCUCUUUACAAAGUACCAGCCAAACCAGAAAGGGUAUUCAAGGAGGUGUUAGCCAAAACAAAAACAAAAAACAUGCUGUUCAGGUUUUCAGCUUUAAGCUAUUUUUGAACAACUUUUUUUUUUCCUGACAGAAGUUACCAAAUUAUGAUGGUAAGACCUCUGAGACCAAAUUUUUGUCCCAUCUCUACCCCCUUCCCAGCUGCUCCACAGAAUGGAUCAUGUGCCCCGUGUGUUGAGGUGACCACUUAAUUGCUCUCCUGCCUCCUUGAAAGAUAGAAAGAAAAUUAUGUUUUUGCCACUGAUUUAGUCAUAUGAAACUCAUCUUAUCACCCUUUUCUGGGUCUGAAGCUGCUGUCUUUAAAAGUGCCAUCUCGUGCUUUGUAUCAGUGCUGGAGAAAUCUUGAAUAGCUUAUGUACAAAACUUUAAAAUUUUUAUGUUAUUUUGAAACUUUGCUUCUUUGGGGUUGGGGUACCCUGGCCACACCAUCUGGCUGGCAGUGUGCUGAUCUUUAAAGUUUCUUUCCCUACCCAAUCCCCACUUUUUGGUAAUGUUUCUGUGAAGUCUGUUAGGUGCACAUCCUGCAGCUUACUGGCUUAAAAUGUACUCUCCUUUGGUGUGGUCUCUUUGGGGCCAAUUGGGAGAAAGAAAAACCAAUAGUGCAACUGUUUUGAUACUGAGUAUUGACAACUGUCUUUUUGAAAUAAAGAACCAGUCCCUCCAACCUU